AUGUCGUUUGAAAGUGAAGAAAAAGUAAUGUUUACUGACACUGAUACGUCUGAAGACCAAAAAGCUUGCAUUAUUUCUCCAGAAAUUAUAAGGAAAAGCUCUGUACCAGACUUGUUAAAUACAUCAUGGGAUCCUAGUUUUCAUACAAUUCAUGACAUUAAAGAAAAAGACUACGAUAAGACACCGCCUUUUGUUAGCGUAAUGAUAACUGAUGAUACUGACCACCCUUGUCAUGAACUUGGGAAUAUAACAAACAGUUCAACCCAAACGGAACCAUAUGUAAGUCUACCAGUUAACUCCAGCUAUGUAGACGUGAGUCUUUCUUUUAACAAGGACUUUAAUUCAUACGACUCCGUAUCUAAUGACAAUUCUGAGCAAUCUUUAGGAAGCAAACGUAAUAGACGUGAUUCAAGUGAUGCUGAAUACAAGGAAGCACGACCAAAGAAAAAAACGAAAUGUACCGAUUCGUGUUCAUCAAGUACAUCUGAUUUGACGGACUCUAAACAUAAACUUGGGCCAUCAAUGUCGUCUUCUGUGUUAUCUAGUAACUCUGAAGCAUCAUUUAAGUCUAUUAAUAGCAACCAUUCAUACAAAAUUCGAAAGAGACGUCUGAAGUCAGAGUCGAAUUUAUUUAAGGAUGCUCUUCAAAGAUCUCGCAGAACGACUUUCUCUGUGCUUCAUUCUGGGAACCUCUUAUCGGGUAAGAAAUUACAACCCAUUCAAUCACUAUGCUUAGAUUAA